AGGACGAUCCAGACUAUGCCUUCCUCGACACAGAUCAGUCCUCCUCAGAGACGCUCCCCCCUCUCCCUGGUUCCUCCUGUCUCCCUCCUGCCCUGCCGGAGAAGAGGCGAUGCAGCACCACAGGUAACACAAGCUCCCAGACUCAGCCGUGCUUUGGGUUCGGUUCUGCCCCUGAGGACCAGUGUGAUGACAGCACAGGCCCAGAUGAACCUGUCUCCUCCCCUUUGUCCCCCGGCAAGACACCCCCUCCCCUCCCUGAGAAGAAACGACACAUCCACGAGUACCUUCAGUUCUGUUCGUCCUACAGCGAUCAGUCCCCCCUCAUGUUCUAUCAGAGGCCUCCAGGUUUCAGUCAGAGAUACAACAGCCGACAUCGAGAGCUGGACACCUCCUACCAGCUCUCUCACGCACAUCUGGACACACAGCUGGACGCAGACUUCACUCCCUCACCUGAGCUGUUUCCUGCUCCGAUUCUACCACCGAAGAAGAAGCAGCAGGACUCAGCUGACAGGCCGGCUGAAGAGGGCGGAGACAGUUCCCAGAGCGUCCAGCAGGGGGCGGAGCGUGACAGGCGAAGCAGCACGGAGGAGCAGGAGGAGGUGUUACUGACUGACAAGAAGAAGAUUCGCUGCAGAAUCACCAUGAAGUCUGAGGAGGAGGAGGGGCCUGAUGUAAAGGCGGCCUCACCUGAUGUCCUAUUGGUCUAUGCUACGGGGACCAGCAGCAGAGACCAGGACCUGUACCGUGACGCUUUCCUCUGCACCUACAGGAGCUUCAUCAGUCCAAACGAUGUCAUCAGCAAACUCCAGCACAGGUACAGACACCUGUGUGGCAGACGGGAACAUGCAGACCUGACAGCUGCCAAAAACACGUUCCACCUGCUGGUGGGCGUGGUGGACGAACUAUGCGCGAUAGAGCUCGACUCUGAUGUGCUUCUGCUACUGAUGGACUUGGUGUUCAGCCUUCUGAUUGGUGGAGAGCUGGGACCGGCCCACCAGCUGCACUCCAACAUCCUGUCAAAGAUGGAGAAGAGGUGGAAGCUAAUUGGCUCACCUCAGUCACUCCGUCCACUUGCUGCCAAGGGUGUGGCUGCCAGGCCGGGAACUCUGCUGGACUUCAGGAGUCAGGAUUUAGCUGAACAGCUGACUCUGCUGGAUGCUGAACUCUUCACAAAGAUUGAGCUUCCAGAGGUGUUGCUGUGGUCAAAGGAGCAGAAUGAGGAGAAGAGUCCCAACCUGACAGAGUUCACUCAACACUUCAACAACGUCUCCUUCUGGGUUCGUUCCGUCAUCAUCCUUCAGGACAAACCUCACGACAGAGAGAGGCUGCUGCUGAAGUUCCUGAAGAUCAUGAAGCACCUGAGGAAGCUCAAUAACUUUAACUCGUACCUGUCAAUCCUGUCAGCGCUGGACUCCGCCCCUCUGCGACGCCUGGACUGGCAGAAAAGCACCUCAGAGGCUCUGGAGGAGUUCAGCACCUUGAUCGACAGUUCAUCCUCUUUCAGAGCCUACAGAGCGGCUCUGGCUGAAGUAGAGCCUCCCUGUAUACCCUACCUGGGUUUGAUUCUGCAGGACUUGACUUUUGUCCACCUUGGGAAUCCCGACACUUUGAUGACAUCACAGGGUUCAAAGGUUAACUUCUCCAAACGCUGGCAGCAGUUUAACAUCCUGGACACCCUGAGGAGCUACCAGCAAGUGAGCUACUCUCUGCUGCCCGAUGAUGACAUCAUUUCCUUCUUUAACGACUUCAGCGAUCACCUGGCUGAGGAGGCGCUGUGGGAGCUCUCUCUCAAGAUCCGCCCAAAGAACACUCCUCGAGCCAAUCAGAGAUGAGCUUUGGUGAAGGCGCAGAGGGUCACGCAGCUAAUCGGCUGCACCUGUUCUGAUGCUAACAUGCUGUAACACAGAGAACUGAACCGGUGCCAAACCGGGGGGCGAGGCCCGAGAGCGUGACAUUACUGGCACAGACACAUGCAGGGUAAAACCUGCAGACAUUUUACUACCGGACCUUUGCUAUUUGCAGGCAGAGGGUUCCCUCCCUCGCUCCUGUUAACAGAAACAUAUUCAGAUUCAGGUCCGGCACCCACAGAUGGAUCAGAGACUUCCAGAUUUUGCUGAAGGAAGAAAAACUGCAUCCAAACAUCCAUGAAACAUCACUGCUGACCUGCCAGUCAACUCACCUGCCCUUACCUGAUGGUGGAAACCUCACCUCAGCACCGUGUCUUCAAGGCCACAAAAAUUAGUUAAUCAUUAAAGCUGAUCCCACCUGACCAUCUCGGGAAUUCCAGUGGAAAGAUUCCCUGCUUAGUAGGAAUGAUGCAAAAUUUCAGCUCCUUUUAAGGGACGAGGGUCCGAAUGUUUUAGAUGUUUUUCUAGCACCGUUUUCUGAUCUGUAUUUAAACACAUCACGCUCGGUCCUUCAGGUGUCCGAGAGUAACUGUGGGUCUGUGGGUCUGGACUCUGAGGGUGUCUGUGGGUCUGGACUCUGAGGGUGACUGUGGGUCUGUGGGUCUGGACUCUGAGGGUGACUGUGGGUCUACUCUGUGUCCUCUACUUUGUAAUUCAGUUUUAUUUAUAAGGAGGCUCUGGAGGUCCCCACAGAUGCACGUAAACCUGUAUCAGUUCAUCGGCCUCAGACACACACCGUGUGGUUGAACUGAAGGCUUUGUUUCUAUUGGCCACGUGAAGGUAUGUUACAGCAUGCAGGGGUCAAAGUUCAAGUCUGCGGCAUGCGCGAGUACUCCGCUGCCGUGCUUGGUGCUUUGCUCGGCGUAGCGGUAAACCGUUAUUGCGCUGCGUCCGGCCACGCUUCGAUGAACGCGUCGAGAACAACCUUCAGUAUCUUGGCACGCUGACUGGAGCAGCCAGGGAUCAAACCAUCAUCUAUGAUUAGCAGAUGACGUGCUCCACCUCCUGAGCUAUGCCACCACCAUCACGGAUGAUGAUGAAGGAGGUGAGAUCCUGUUGCUGGACUGAGGUGGAGCAUGAAGGCGAUCCAUGAACAUGUGAUGAUGGUUCAUGGUGUCUGAAGAACAUCAGCCUGCAGCUGCAUGCUGACGCGUUUGUAAAGCGUGACAGUUUCAGCUGCUUUUAGAGAAGAUUCAGUCGUGCUUUCUACAGACGUCCAGCUGCUACAGAUCACACAUCCUCCAUCAUCAUCGUCAGUCUGAGCUCACCUGAGCUCCACAUCCUCAGCAGCCAAUUUACCCUCCAACACCUGAGCAGCGAUGCUAAAACGUCCCGACCUUCAUCCCUCAAAGUGAGAGUUUAAUGUCCCACAGAGGCCAGGACACCAACCAGCCCACCUGAGUGUCAGACCACAGAGCUCUGAGGGUACAAGAUGAUUUCUCUAAACAUACAUGAAUAUGGAAAAUCACCAGCUCACACAGUAAUGAACACUGUGGGGGUGUCACAGCUGGUCACAUGAUCUGUUUCCAACUCACAGCCACGGAGACGCCGUUCAUCGUCCCACAUCAAACACACCUGUACAGGAAACAGGAAGCAUCAUACAGACACACCUGUAUGAAUAUUACACAUGACUGAUAAAUAUGUUCUUUAUUUAUUCUUUUUUUAGUUUGCCCGUGUAUAUAACCAGCAGCAGCAGUGCGUCUGUUCACUUUAAAUAACACAAUCUUAUUAUAGCGCCGACCUGCCGACCAUUCUCUGAAUGACCAACUGAUCAAUGGUGAGCUGAACGAACGCCGAUUAGAGCCACCGAUUAAUGAAACAUUCAUCUAUAAGAUGUGGUCCAGCGCUAACUUCAUGGACUGUGGAGACUUUUUGUUUACAUGUAAUUUUAACAGAAAUGAACAGUUGGCGUAUUAAACAGCUGCAUCAGAUUCUGCUCAUCAUCAGCGCCUCCACAAGACGACAAAAUACCGACGUGGGCAGGAUCGAGAAACCCUCAUUCACCUGGAAGCUGGCCCAAGAGGUCAAAGUUCACAUUUCUUCACACCGCAAUCGUUGCGACACCUCAGGUUCAUCUGAUUGACACGUGGUCGAGCAGGGGGUGGAGUCUGCAGCAGUGGCUCUCACCUCUUGGCUCAGAGAGCUGCAGGUGAGGUCGGCCGGGCGGCGGCACUGAACACUGACCGCCACAACAUCUCUGGACUGAAGGUCACCGAGGUCAAACUUUCAGAAAAAAGACUGAUGAGAUAAGUCUACAUCAAUCUGCAUGAUGAACAAAGUCACGAGAUGGAAACAACGGUGUGAUGAAAGCAUGCUCACGUGGACGCUGCGCUCUCGUCACUGAUGCUACGAACAUGGUUACUGUUUGAAUAAACGAGCUGUUUGUCAGGCUCAGGGAGGAAGACGGGAUGAAGACAUGCUGUGGAAGAGAGACAGAUCAAUAACAAGUAUGAUUCAGUGCAGAGAGGUCUGUUAGCACAUAGUGAG